AUGUGGUCAACACGGGCGGAUGCUUUCAUAAAAUUAACAAACGUGGUAUGCAAAUCUUUCGAUAAACCAUUUGCAGAUUUUCGCAGUUGCCGAUUAACGGUAGUAAAACGAGGAGUAAUUGCAUUAUCUCUCUAUGUGAAACUGUUUCAAUUACCGGUGAAUAAUGUCAGUAUAAAUGUAAGCAUUUUUAAGAAAGCAAGCGGUUAUCGUCCGUUCCUCAACAAUGUCACUGCCGAUUUCUGUGGCUUCAUGGCUAAUCGUAGACGUUUUCCUUUUCUUAAAAUCUUUCUUGAUCUUCUUCUGACGGAAUCAAAUAUUAAUCAUACUUGUCCGUAUGCUCAUGAUAUCAUUGUGAAAAAUCUGGUACUUCACGAGGAAAUGUUUGCACGUUUUCCAGUGCCAACAGGCGAAUAUAUGUUUAAGUUAAUGGUCGGCGCUUAUAAUCAGUGGAAGGCCGAUAUUAAAGCUUAUUUCUCAAUAAAACUGGAUUAA